AUGAGCAUAUCGGUGAGGAUCCCAACACCCUUGCGGCGCGUGACUGACGGCGCGGACAAGGUGGAUGCGGACGGCGCGACUCUGGAAGAGCUUAUCGGCUCGCUGGAGAGCCAGUAUCCCGGAAUCAAGGCGCGGCUGUGCGACGAAGAGGGUGCGCUUCGCAACUUCGUGAAUGUGUACGUGAACGGCGAGGAUGUGCGCUUCCUCGACGGCCUCGGCACCGCCACGAAGACCGGCGAUGAGGUUAGCAUCGUGCCGGCGGUCGCAGGCGGGAACUAG